AAUCCUGAUUAAUAACUACAACUAGGACUAUUCAUCACAUUGUGGAUUAAUCAUGAUUAAUAACUACAACUAGACUAUUCAUCACAUUGUGGAUUAAUCCUGAUUAAUAACUACAACUAGGACUAUUCAUCACAUUGUGGAUUAAUCCUGAUUACUAACAAUGAUCCUUGACGUCACGUGCAUGCGCAGUGGGAUAAAGUGAAAACCAAAUAAAUUGACCACAAAUAAACAAGGAAGUCACUACUACUCCUACUACUUUGCAAAAUAAAAGCCACUACAUCUUAAAAAGGGGUGUUUUUUUUAACGUGAAAACAAAUUAAUACACAAAUAGUAAUAUAAUGUAUGCAUGGCUUUAUUUAGUGUAAUAUCUUUGGGAGGGUUGUAAUCUUUUUAUGGCUGUUUAGUUAUCUAGUUAGCUUUACUUUUCAUCUCACUUAGGUAAACAACUUAUAACAUGGAAGUAAAUACACCACACACAUGUUCAGUCCUUCAACAUUUCAUUAGCUAUUAGUAGAAGUUAAACUAUAUAGGUGAUGUGGUCUGAAUCAGAUGGCCCAAGAUCCCACUGGAAGACUGGCAUGAGAUGUGGGUGUCACUGGAAGACUGGCAUGACACGUGGGUGUCACUGGAAGACUGGCAUGACACGUGGGUGUCACUGGAAGACUGGCAUGAGACGUGGGUGUCACUGGAAGACUGGCAUGAGAGAUAGGUGUGUCACUGGAAGACUGGCAUGACACGUGGGUGUCACUGGAAGACUGGCAUGAGACGUGGGUGUCACUGGAAGACUGGCAUGAGACGUGUGUGUCACUGGAAGACUGGCAUGAGAUGGAGGCCAUGAGGACGUACUUGAAGGAGAAAGAUGAUCAAACAGUCCUCAUACUUCAUGCCAAAGUUGCUCAGAAGUCCUACGGCAAUGAGAAAAGGUUCUUCUGUCCUCCACCCUGCGUCUACCUGCUGGGCAGUGGCUGGCAGAAGAAGAUGGAGAGGAUGGAGAAGGAGGGCUGCACCGAGCAGGAGUCCCAGACCUGUGCCUUCAUCGGGAUUGGCAACAGUGAGCAGGAGAUGCAGCAGCUCAACCUGGAGGGAAAGCACUUCUGUGCAGCUAAGACAUUGUACAUCAGUGACACAGACAAGAGGAAACACUUCAUGCUGUCAGUCAAGAUGUUGCAUGGCAACAGUGCCAACAUUGGAGUGUUCCUCAGCAAGAGAAUCAAAGUCAUCUCCAAACCUUCCAAGAAGAAACAAUCCUUGAAGAACGCUGACUUGUGCAUCGCAUCAGGAACAAAGAUCGCUCUCUUCAACCGCCUGCGCUCCCAGACAGUCAGCACCAGGUAUCUCCACGUGGAGGGAGGAAACUUCCACGCCAGCUCCUUGCAGUGGGGAGCCUUCCAUAUACACCUGUUGGACGAAGAGGAGUCAGAAGGGGAGGAGUUUGCAGUGAGAGAUGGUUACAUCCACUAUGGUCAGACGGUGAAGUUGGUGUGUUCUGUAACUGGCAUGGCACUGCCCAGACUGACCAUACGUAAGGUGGACAAGCAGACAGCACUGAUGGAUGCAGAUGACCCGGUGUCUCAACUCCACAAGUGUGCCUUCUACCUGAAGGACACGGAGAGGAUGUACCUGUGUCUCUCACAGGACAGGAUCAUCCAGUACCAGGCUGCAGCCUGCAUGAAGGAAGAGAAGAAAGAGAUCAUCAACGAUGGAGCCUGCUGGACCAUCAUCAGCACUGACAAGGCAGAGUACACCUUCUAUGAAGGCAUGGGUCCUGUCAGCACACCUGUCACACCUGUCCCUGUGGUGGAGAGUCUGCAGUUAAAUGGUGGAGGAGAUGUGGCCAUGUUGGAGGUGACUGGUCACAACUUCACGCCCAACCUGAGGGUGUGGUUUGGAGACGUGGAGGCUGACACCAUGUACAGGUGUGGAGAGAGCAUCCUGUGUGUGGUGCCCGACAUUUCAGCCUUCAGGGAAGGAUGGCGCUGGGUCCGUCAGCCUGUGCAGGUUCCUGUCACCUUGGUUCGUAACGAUGGAAUCAUCUACGCCACCUCCCUCACCUUCACCUACACCUCGGAACCUGGCCCCCGGCCCCACUGCAGCGUGGCCGAGGCCAUCCUGAGGGCCCGCAGCACCUCCCAGACUUCACCUUCUUCCUCCUCGUUAGGUGGGCCGGCUCAUGGCCAGGUGGUCUACAGUGACACUUGAUACUUGCAGUGGAGGAGGACCUUUUCACACACCUGACUGCAGGUAUGGACAUCAGCUGUCUAGCUCCACCUAGUGGACCGUGGUGGAGCUGUCAGAAGAAGAAUGUGCCUUUUUACUUUUAUACCACUUGUUUUACUACACUUUUUAUCAUCGCUUGAUGGCAAUUAUAUAUGACUAAGGUACCUUGUGAAGAUGUAAGUUGUGUUGUUGAGAAGGACCACACCUCUCACAAUCACCACCUUAAUAAACUUCAUUGUGAAGAUGUAAGUUGUGUUGUUGAGAAGGACCACACCUCUCACAAUCACCACCUUAAUAAACUUCAUUGUGAAGAUGUAAGUUGUGUUGUUGAGAAGGACCACA